UUAAACAGAAAAAGUCCCCAAAUACAGUGCAUCCCCAAGUGACGGGUGGCUUAUCAACUAAAAUUAAUAAAUUGACUAUAAAUACAAGAAGAAGCCUAGUCUCCCUUAACAGUCCAAUUUAAAAUCUCGACUUAAUUCCUUUAGUAUCAAUUAAAAUGAACAAAUCAAUUAUUGUAUCAUUCUUUAUCUGUUUGGGUCUGGCUGUAGUUCUAGCUUACCCUGCUGAAGAAUUAUUGGCCUUUGAGAAUAAUCGAAAUGAGGAAUUUGCUGCCCAGAAUACAUUUGAUUUACAUAGAGAGAAGCGUCAAUUUAAUAUGGACGGUACUUCUAUUGCAGGCUCAAAUCGUCAAGGUUAUGAUGUCAAUGUAAAUAGUCGUUUUCCAAUUUGGAAGAGUGAAAACGGUCGCAGUUCUUUUGACGGAACAGCGGGUUUCUCGCAGCAUGUAAACGGUCCAUAUGGAAACAGCAAACCCGAUUAUCGAGGCGGAUUCACUUUCACACACCGUUUUUGAAAAAAAAAAAAAAAAAUACAACUGUUAAAUU